GAGGGAAACGAGCAAGAGUCGGAAGAGGAGGAUCAGGAAAGGGAGGAGAAGGAGGAGGAGGAGGAGGAGGAACAGGGAGGAGGAGGAGAAGCACCCGGAGAAGCAGCAGCAGCAGGAGCAGCAAGAUCAGCGCGGAAGCGGAGGGAACCGGGAGGGAGCCGCAGCGAGGGGCACGAGAGUCGGAUCCGGAAGAGCGGCCCCUGCGGAGGGACUGCCACCCCGACCAGGCCUUGCGCAGGCCACCGCCCGGGGCCCCAGAGACCACGGAGCAGCUUGCCUCCCGCUCCGCGGAGCGCGCGCGGUGCAGAGCCCGAUUAGGGCGCCACCUGGAGGCUGCGCGGCACCCGACCGCGCGCCCGUCCGUGCCACAUGCGCCCGGUCGACGCGCACAGCAUUUUGGGGUGCGCAGGGCUCACCCACGGGGGGGGGGCCACGCUACAUCGGGGAGAAACGCUUUCGCCCAGCCCCCGA